UUGUUAAUAAUAACACGACCGCGGGCGAGCAUCGCGAUCGGACUUACACGUCUCACCGCGAGGUAAUGCUCCGUCAAUAUGUACAGUAAUUUGGUGGUUGUGCAGUGUUUAGAGUCGGGCUGUUGUACUUGGAAAAGAUGGCCGAGCGGCGUGAUGACAAUUCCGGGAUGCAGUAACACUUCCAGACACUUUAGCAGCACGACUCUGCCCCCUGCUGUUUACUUUGCGCUGAACAAACUAACUAAAAAUGUAUAGGGAUCGAUAUUGUAGUCCCUUUGUUUACAAUUCUUAUCAUAUCAAAAUAGAAAAUACAGUAAUUUUACUUUAGGGACCAUUUUAAUAACAGACAGCAUAUACCAACGUACCCAGUGCAGGAUCCCCUCCGCGCCAAGAGGGGCGCUGUGAGGCCACUGCAACCUCAGCGCGCUACGAUGACGUCGCAUAGUGUGACGUCAGCACAGCAGUGGUAAUGGAUGCGUUUAAUGUUGCUCUUCUUUCGCACACUUUACUGUGUAUUUUAUUGUCUUUAGCGUUUUUAUCGCGGACCUGUCUCGGCACGGAGCUGAGUUUCGUGACAUGCGGCUCUGUCAUCAAACUUUUAAACGUAAAACACAACGUGAGGCUGCAUUCUCAUGACGUACGCUACGGCUCCGGAAGUGGACAGCAGUCAGUGACAGGCGUCAUCAGCAUGGAGGACAGCAACAGCUACUGGAGCGUGCGCGGGACUCGUGACGCGGUCUGCCAACGAGGCAACGCAAUCAAGUGCGGUCAGACCAUCAGACUGACGCACGUCAACACGGGGAGAAACCUGCACAGCCAUUACUUCACCUCGCCACUCUCCUCCAACCAGGAGGUGAGCGCGUUCGGCGAGGAGGGCGAAGGAGACCACCUGGACGAGUGGAGCGUGGAGUGUGGCGGGUCAGUAUGGAAGCGCCAGGAAGCGGUCCGCUUUCGCCACAAGGCCACUGAAGCGCUGUUGUCGGUGACGGGGGAGCAGUACGGCCGACCCAUCCAUGGUCAGAAAGAGGUCCACGCCAUGUCCAGCAGCACUCAGCACAGCUUGUGGAAGGCCAUGGAGGGCAUCUUCAUCAAGCCCACCGAGGCCAUGCCAGGCCAGAACCACCACUACAUGCACACGGAGCUCUGAACUUUGUCAGUAAUGGCGACAUGUUGCAGAUGCUAUUCUUCUCUUCCUCAACCCUCCCUUUCUUCUCCCAGCUUCUUCUACUGAGGAAGCUCAGUCACUCACUUCCUGUUUCUGGACUUUCUGUCUUGGAGACCAGAGCAAACGUGCUGUGACAUCAUCACAACUACUUCCUGCUGAGGGGAACGUGUGCCUUGUUCUGCUCUUUGUAGUAAACACAUAUUUAUGGAACAACAGCAACAACAACAAGCAACUCUUUAUUUUUUACCAUGGACUAAAUUAUCUCUGCAGACGUACGCACACGCACACACAGACACACACACACACACACACACAAUUUUGACAUAGCAUUACAGGACCCGAUGCUAUUUGUUGUUCAGUGUUGCCCAGCCAUGCUGUACAAAAUAAAAAUGCCACACGUGGAACAAAACCGACAAUAAAUACCUCAAAUUCGAAAACAGAGAA